CGUGAACCUGGUGAGAGUUUCCGUGAGCAAGGAUUGCAGGACUGGCCUGAGUCAGAGCAUGUGGACUCUCAUAGGUUGGCCUCUGCUUGCAAACUGCCCAUCUAAUUACCAUGCAAUAAAUCAGUAACAACAGGGAUAUGAAACAAGAGGUUUGGGCUACCGCUGCCUCUAUAGAGAGCUUGCAGCUCCCAGCUUCUUAAGGCUGUUCCAGUCCACGGCUGUCAGCAAUAAGCUCCGCAAUUCCUUCUUCCUCACACUCCUUCCUCUGGGAGUAAUCGGGUGCACGAUGGACAAGGACCAAGGUGGUGUUCAGGAUUGAUCUGAAGCUGGCGGAGGUGGGGAUGUCCUCUGGUUCCCUCUUUCUGGCCCAGUUUGGUCAGGCCAUCUCGCAGAAUCAGGAGGAUAAAGGCUCAGCAGUGUCAUGGUGGAACCAGGGCCCCCAGGAAGUAGUGGGGGUGACAGCCAUGAUGGGAAAACAGGAGGGGUCAAAGGCUAUUUGACAAAGCGCCAUGUUUAUGUCAUGGGUUGCACCACGCUGCUGUUCAGCACUGUCUAUGUUUGGUAUAUGUCCAAUGGUACCUCAAGCAAGGUCUCCUACAUAAUGAGCAGUAAUACCCAGGACUUGGAUGACUUUCACAAAACAAAGCAACCAAGGAUGACUUACACAAAGCCACAGAUUCUAAAGCCAUCGAGAAGUGACGUCCUUAUGAUGACUCCAUGGUUUGCUCCAAUAGUUUGGGAAGGGACCUAUAACUCCGAGAUCCUGAAUGAGCAGUUCCGACGAAGGAAUGUCACCGUUGGACUGACAGUGUUUGCUAUCAAAAAGUAUGUAGUCUUCCUCAAUAAAUUUUUAGAAACUGCAGAGACGUACUUUAUGGUUGGACAUAGGGUGAACUAUUACAUUUUCACAGACAGACCAGAAGAAGUUCCUAAAGUUCCACUCAAAGAAGGAAGGAAUGUAGUGGUUCUGCAAGUCCAAAACUACCCUAGGUGGCAAGAAAUCUCUAUGCGACGAAUGGAAUUGAUCAGCAACUUCUCUCAGCAGCAGUUCAUUAAUGAGGUCAGCUACCUAGUGUGUGUGGAUGUAGACAUGAGGUUUACUGACCAAGUUGGAGUGGAGAUCCUGAGCGACUUGUUUGGCACACUACAUCCACAUUUCUAUGCUGCAGAGCGUCAAUCUUUCACCUACGAACGUCGACCUGCUUCUCAAGCUUAUGUGCCCAGCGAUGAGGGUGACUUCUACUAUGCUGGAGGCUUUUUUGGAGGAACAGUAAUGGAGGUUUACAUGCUGACCAAGAAAUGCCAUGAAGCCAUGAUGGUGGACAAGGCCAAUGGAAUUGAGGCAAUCUGGCACGAUGAGAGUCACUUAAACAAGUAUUUUGUUUACUACAAACCAACCAAAAUACUUUCUCCAGAAUACCUGUGGGAUGACGAUCUAGGUAGGCCAGAGAUCCUUAAGAAAAGAAGAUUUCUUGCUCUACCAAAGAGCCAUGCUGCAAUCAGAAAUAAAUGAAGUUCAUCUCAGACUGGCCUUAGUGCGAACUAACAUAACUGAUCUUGUAGGUUUCCUUGGUUGAUGAAAAUAUACAGACAAUUAAUAAAGCUCCAUAACUUUCUCUGACAUCCCCAGUAUUUCUGGAUAUGGGAAUGAUUUGCAAGAUGUUACCGUGAUGUUGCACUCCAUAUGUUUUAUGGAAAUGUGCUAAUGAGUGUGACUACAAUGUAACUGGAAUAUCCUUCAUGCAAAAGGUCUCGUGUAAGGUAUCAUUACAAAGCUUAUAAUCUACUGAGUGUGUUCAUCCUAUUUGUAUGAAUGUAUCAUUCUUGUAUCUGGAGCUAGAAAUAUGAAAUAUUCCUCUGAAGUCCUAUUGUAACUAUGCAAAGUGUGGGUCAUUAAUGGUGGCUUAAAAUCUUGAUGGCUCCCAUUAACUAGGACAAUUGGUUGUAAAUGGCUCUGUUUACUCACAAACCUUCCUGGGCAUGUGCAGUCCAACCCUGAAAGAAUGGAGAAUGAGGUCUUACAGUGACAUGUGAUCAUGUCAACUGGUACUGGAAUCCAUUAUAAACCUGGUAAUUUUCCACUUAAAAGAAUGGGUGCGGACCCAGAAAGACACAGAAUUCCUACCUUGUGCCAAAGCUAUAAAAGGAGGUGGAGGACAAGAGGGGUGCCAGUCAUGUGAAAUCCCCUGCUUUUCACCUAAGAUGCCUGCUGGAACUAAUAAGGUCUGUACCAGGGGAAAGGCUUGGGUGCAGACUAGGAAGGAGUCUAGUCUGUGAAAGAAGCUUAUUGGAACAGCUGAGGGUGAGAUUUACCUCUAUUCAGGCUCUUAAUGUAUUAGGCUUAGAUUUAUGUGUUGUGUGCUGUUUUAUUUUGCUUGGUAACUUAUUUUGUUCUGUCUGUUAUUACUUGAAACCACUUAAAUCCUAGUUUUUAUACUUCAUAAAUCACUUUUGUUUAUUAAUGAA